AUGAAUAACAAAUAUUUUAAUGAUAUUAAACUUCGGAUUAAAAGUUCAUUAAAAGUGGAACACGCUAUUAACGAAGUAAUCAGUUGCAGAAACGGUUUCGAUAUACUGUACAUGGAAAAUCUAGGGCUAGAUGAUGAAUCUGAAGAUAACAAGAAACAUCUUGUCCAUUUACAAAAAGAGUUACGUAAAAGCACAAAGUUGAAUACCGGGGAAAGACCGUACGUAUGUACGAUAAGGAUUGUGGAAAAAGGUAUAGUCGAUUGGAAUUCUAUGAAAGAUCAUGUUAGGACACAUGAUGAGAAACCAGAUGUAUGA